AUGGAUCCCAUCCAUGUCAGCAUGUCCAGUGCCCCCCUGGUGAAGCACACGGCUGCAGGGGCUGGACUCAAGUCCACCAGACCCCGAGUCAUGUCCAAGAGCGGGCACAGCAACGUGCGGAUCGACAAGGUGGAUGGCAUCUACCUGCUCUACCUGCAGGACCUGUGGACCACCGUCAUCGACAUGAAGUGGCGGUACAAACUCACCCUGUUUGCUGCCACGUUUGUCAUGACCUGGUUCCUUUUUGGAGUCAUCUACUAUGCCAUCGCGUUCAUUCACGGGGACUUAGAACCUGGUGAGCCUAUCUCAAACCACACCCCCUGCAUCAUGAAAGUGGACUCUCUCACGGGGGCGUUUCUCUUCUCCCUGGAGUCCCAGACCACCAUCGGCUACGGCGUCCGCUCCAUCACUGAGGAGUGCCCUCAUGCCAUCUUCCUCUUGGUUGCUCAACUGGUCAUCACCACCUUGAUUGAGAUCUUCAUCACGGGCACUUUCCUGGCCAAAAUUGCAAGACCUAAAAAACGGGCCGAGACCAUCAAGUUCAGCCACUGUGCAGUCAUCACCAAGCAGAACGGGAAGCUGUGCCUGGUGAUCCAGGUGGCCAACAUGAGGAAGAGCCUCCUGAUCCAGUGCCAGCUGUCUGGCAAGCUCCUGCAGACCCACAUCACCAAGGAGGGGGAGAGGAUUCUGCUCAACCAGGCCACCGUCAAAUUCCACGUGGACUCGUCCUCGGAGAGCCCCUUCCUCAUUCUGCCCAUGACGUUCUACCAUGUGCUAGAUGAGACCAGCCCCCUGAGAGACCUCACUCCCCAGAACCUAAAGGAGAAGGAGUUUGAACUCGUGGUUCUCCUCAACGCCACCGUGGAGUCCACUAGUGCUGUCUGCCAGAGCCGGACAUCUUAUGUCCCAGAGGAGAUCUACUGGGGUUUUGAAUUUGUGCCUGUGGUUUCUCUCUCCAAAAAUGGAAAGUACGUGGCUGAUUUCAGUCAGUUUGAGCAGAUCCGGAAGAGCCCAGAUUGUACCUUUUACUGCGCAGAUUCUGAGAAGCAGAAACUUGAGGAGAAGUACAGGCAGGAGGAUCAGAGGGACAGAGAGCUGAGGACACUUCUGUUACAACAGAGCAACGUCUGACCUCGGAUGUCAUCACAGUUUACAUCUGCGGGCCAUUUCCACAUCCGAACUCCCUCCCAACACAAAGGUUGCUGUGAAAAUGAAAAUGUGUGGACACACUCUGAAAAA